GUAUUUUAAAAAGGUGUUAUAGGGUGACGAGUUUGACCAACAGAAAUGUAGAGACGAGAUCACAUCUUUUGUCUUUUUCUCAGUGGGAGACUCCAGUCUAGAACGUGUACAUCUAUGCUGGAGAAUGCCAACAGCGCACACACCGACGUAUUCAAGAACGUCUCUGAACUAAGCCUGCAAGCUAACAAGCCAUCCAAGCUAGCUAGAUAUCCGAAGAUGGCGGCUUGUAGACGUGUUCCUCCUCUACUGCUCUUGAUGUCCAUCCUUUUGUACGUGCAUACCGUCGGAGGAGAGAAAUUUCAGAGCAAUGGUAUCGCCAAACCUGCCGUUAGUGCAGAUAAUGCUCCAAAACAAGUUGGAGUUGCACCGGUUGCUGCAAACGCAGAGCCUGUUGACAAGAGUUCUGUAGUCGCGGCCUCGCCACUCCGAAAGCGCACGACCGGCUGGAAGCUGGCGGAGGAGCCAGUUUGUCGGGAUGACUUGACCAGACUUUGUCCAAAAAAUUCGUGGACCAACAACCUGGCCGUGCUUGAGUGUCUUCAGGAGAGGAAAGAGGAACCAGAUAUAGCUGCUGACUGCAGUCAUCUCCUUUGGAACUACAAGCUGAACCUGACGACUGACCCCAAGUUUGAGUCUGUGGCUGUCGAGGUGUGCAAGAGCACCAUUCCUGAGAUUAAGGAGUGUGCAGUGGAGGAGAGGGGGAAGGGCUACCUGGUCUCCUGUCUGGUGGACCACCGCAGCAACAUCACAGAGUACCACUGCAACCAGUACAUCACCAAGAUGGCCACCAUCAUCUUCAGCAACUACCGGCUCAUCUGCGGUUUCAUGGACAAGUGUCGCGAAGACAUCAACACCCUGCACUGUGGCAGCAUCAGCACCGGGGACAAGGACCUGCACUCCCAGGGCGAGGUGAUCGGCUGCCUGGAGAAGGCGUUGGUGCACGAGGCGGAGGAGCAGCCGGGGGCUCACGCCAUCAGGGACGACUGUAAGAAGUCCAUCAUGCGCGUGGCCGAGCUCUCCUCUGACGACUUCCACCUGGACCGCUACCUGUACUUCUCCUGCCGCGAGGACCGCGAGCACUUCUGUGAAAACACUCCGGCGGGGGAGGGCAGAGUGUACAAGUGUCUCUUCAACCACAAGUUUGAAGAGGCCAUGUCUGAACGGUGCAGGGAGGCACUGACCACCAGGCAGAAGCUCAUCGCCCAGGACUACAAGGUGAGCUACUCGCUGGCCAAGGCCUGCAAGUCUGACCUGAGGAAGUACCGCUGCAGCAUGGACACCAACCUGCCCCGCGCCCGCGAGGCUCGUCUCUCCUACCUGCUGCUCUGCCUGGAGUCAGCCGUCCACAGAGGGCGUACGGUGAGCGGGGACUGCCAGGGGGAGAUGCUGGACUACAGGAGGAUGCUGAUGGAGGACUUCUCCCUGAGCCCUGAGAUUGUGCUGCAGUGUCGCGGGGAGAUCGAGGCCCACUGCUCCGGGCUGCACCGCAAGGGGCGCACCCUGCACUGCCUCAUGAAGGUGGGCCGAGGAAACACGGGCGCCAUCGACACCCUCUGCCAGAGCGCCCUCCAGAACCUGAUCCAGGAGGCCGACCCGGGGGCUGACUACAGGAUCGACCGGGCCCUGAACGAGGCCUGUGAGUCGGUCAUCCAGACCGCCUGCAAACACAUCCGUAACGGAGACCCCAUGAUCCUGUCGUGUCUGAUGGAGCACCUGUACACUGACAAGAUGCUGGAGGACUGUGAACACAGGCUGCUGGAACUGCAGUACUUCAUCGCCAGAGACUGGAAGCUGGACCCGGUCCUGUAUAAGAAGUGCCAGGGUGACGCGUCCCGUCUGUGCCACACGCACGGCUGGAACGAGACCAGCGAGGUCAUGCCCCCUGGGGCCGUGUUCUCCUGCCUCUACCGCCACGCCUACCGCUCUGAGGAGCAGGGCCGACGGCUGUCCAGGGACUGUAAGGUGGAGGUUCAGCGUAUCCUCCACCAGAGGGCGCUGGACGUGAAGCUGGACCCUGAGCUGCAGAGACGCUGCAUGACUGACCUGGGGAAGUGGUGCAGCGAAAAGACAGAGGCUGGCCAGGAGCUGGACUGCCUGCAGGACCACCUGGAAGACCUCGUCCCAGAGUGCAGAGACGUGGCAGGAAACCUGACUGAGCUCUGGUCUGAGGACAUCCAGAUGGAGACCCUGCUGAUGAGAGCCUGUGACCCUGUCAUCCAGGCCCACUGUCACGAGGUGGCUGAUAACCAGAUAGACACAGGGGACCUGAUGGAGUGUCUGGUGCAGAAUAAACACCAGAAGGAGAUGAAUGACAAGUGUGUCGUGGGCGUCACACACUUCCAACUGAUCCAGAUCAAGGACUUCCGCUUCUCCUACAAGUUCAAGAUGGCGUGCAAGGAGGAUGUGCUCAAACUGUGUCCCAACAUCAAGAAGAAGGUGGAUGUGGUGGUGUGCCUCAGCACCACAGUGAGGAACGACACCUUGCAGGAGGCCCGGGAGCAGCGCGUGUCUGUCAGGUGUCGCAAGCAGCUGAGGGUGGAGGAGCUGGAGAUGUCAGAGGACAUCCGUCUGGAGCCAGAGCUAUACGACUCGUGUAAGCAGGACAUCACCAGGCUGUGUCAGAACGUGGCCUUCGGAAACGCUCAGGUCAUCGAGUGUCUGAAGGAGAACAAGAAACAGCUCAGCCAGCGCUGUCACCGCCGUGUGUUCAGACUGCAGGAGGUGGAGAUGCUGGACCCAGAGAUGGACUACCAGCUCAUGAGGGUCUGCAAGCAGAUGAUCAGGAGAUUCUGCACCGAGGCCGAUGCCAAAAACAUGCUGCAGUGUCUGAAGCAGAACAAGAACAGUGAGCUGAUGGACCCCAAGUGUAAACAGAUGAUCACCAAGAGACAGAUCACCCAGAACACAGACUACAGGUUGAAUCCAGUCCUGAGGAAGUCGUGUAAGGCCGACAUCCCCAAGUUCUGCCAGAGUGUCCUGAACAAGGCUGCAGGAGACAGCGAGCUGGAGGGCCAGGUCAUCUCCUGCCUCAAGCUCAAAUACGCCGACCAGCGUCUGUCACCGGACUGUGAGGACCAGAUCAGGGUGGUUCUCCAGGAGUCAGCUCUGGACUACAGACUAGACCCUCAGCUCCAGAUCCACUGCACUGAGGAGAUCUCCCGUCUGUGUGCGGAGGAGGCAGCAGCGCAGGAGCAGACAGGUCAGGUGGAGGAGUGUCUGAAGGUCAACCUGCUCAAGAUCAAACAGGAGGGCUGCAAAAAGGAGGUGCUGAACAUCCUGAAGGAGAGCAAAGCCGACAUCUUUGUGGACCCGGUCCUCCACACAGCCUGCGCCCUGGACAUCAAACACCACUGUGCUGCCAUCCCCCCUGGACGAGGACGCCAGAUGUCCUGUCUGAUGGAGUCUCUCCAGGACAAACGUGUUCGUCUGCAGCCGGAGUGUAAGAAGAGACUGCAGGAUCGCAUGGACAUGUGGAGCUACGCAGCCAAGGUGGCCCCAGCUGAGGGCUUCUCUGACCUGGCCAUGCAGGUGAUGACCUCCCCCUCUAAGAACUACAUCCUGGCCAUGAUCGGUCUGGGCGUGAGCGUGCUGUUCCUGCUCGGCCUGCUCUGCGGACGCAUCACCAAGCGCGUCACACAGGAGCUGAAGGACAGGUAGAGGACUGGCCCGGGGCCCCCGGCCCCCCAGGUAGAGGACUGGCCCCCGGGGUCCCCCGGCCCCCCCAAGAAGAUGAUCAGGAACAACCACCAAUAUGGAAAGGCUCUCUGUCCUUCCAGCAUCUCUCCCACCUCCCUCUCUCCUCCUCCCGCCCUUUUCUAUCUUUUUAGCUCUUUCUAUCUUUGUGGUCUUCUUAACCUUCCCCACACACGACUGGGAGCCAGAGGGAGGUUCUUGACUCCAAGCUUUGCAGUUGGAGGGCCGUGUUGGGACUGCGUCCGUCCCUCCCCAGGUCUCCCAGCUGAGUCUCCCAGCGCUGCAGUGACUAAGCCCCCCUCCCCCCUCCUUGCCGUCCUGCAGGCUGACUGAAGACAAACCGACCACAUGCUCAGACCACGUCUGAGUCACCAUGAACGAUUGUUUACUCAUUGUGAAUAUUUUUUUUGUGUGUGCAGUUUUUCUGUUGGACUUCUCACAUAGAUGCUUUAGUUUCCUGCUUGUCUGCUUGCGGUGGGGUCUCCAGCUUCCCGGGGGUGAAGGUGGUUCUCACAAAGGAUUAUGGGAGAAAGAAAAACAUCUAACAGCUUCUUCUUCUGAUCCAAGUUUUCCAAGACUUGGGGGCGUUUGUGUCUGUUUGUGCGCGCUGGUAUUUGAUGUGUGGAUGGUCAGUAUUGAUUUUCUCCAUUCACGCCUCAAGUCCUGUAGCGGGUGUGCGGUGUGCGAGGAGUUGUUGAUAUGUAUGAUAUGAUGUGCCCAGGGACUGCUGUGAGAGGGGAAGACUGAGCCUCAUGCUCAGGCACUCACACUGGAAAAGGUAUUAUUAUAGUGGUCAUGUAUAAUAUCUAUACUGGUAGAACUAGCGGCGUAAACAUUUCAGUUGCCACCUCCACAUUGCCUUGGUGCCUCGCACCAUGACUGGGUUAGCAUAGGAGCGCUAUGGUGCCUCGCACCAUGACUGGGUUAGCAUAGGAGCGCUAUGGUGCCUCGCACCAUGACUGGGUUAGCAUGGGAGCGCUAUAGUGCCUCGCACCAUGACUGGGUUAGCAUGGGAGCGCUAUAGUGCCUCGCACCAUGACUGGGUUAGCAUGGGAGCGCUAUAGUGCCUCGCACCAUGACUGGGUUAGCAUAGGAGCGCUAUGGUGCCUCGCACCAUGACUGGGUUAGCAUGGGAGCGCUAUGGUGCCUCGCACCAUGACUGGGUUAGCAUGGGAGCGCUAUGGUGCCUCGCACCAUGACUGGGUUAGCAUGGGAGCGCUAUGGUGCCUCGCACCAUGACUGGGUUAGCAUGGGAGCGCUAUGGUGCCUCGCACCAUGACUGGGUUAGCAUGGGAGCGCUAUGGUGCCUCGCACCAUGACUGGGUUAGCAUGGGAGCGCUAUGGUGCCUCGCACCAUGACUGGGUUAGCAUGGGAGCGCUAUGGUGCCUCGCACCAUGACUGGGUUAGCAUGGGAGCGCUAUGGUGCCUCGCACCAUGACUGGGUUAGCAUGGGAGCGCUAUGGUGCCUCGCACCAUGACUGGGUUAGCAUGGGAGCGCUAUGGUGCCUCGCACCAUGACUGGGUUAGCAUGAGCGCUAAUUCAACAGGAGCUGUGGUAGGGAGUGUUAGCCAGGAGCACAGGGCUGGGACAGCAGGCUCCCUAAGGGUUUGCCCUCAAAAGGUACUUGGACGUUUGUAAGCAUUUCAACUCUAGAACGAUUCACUCCAGUUUGAGUUCAGCGAGGGAGUGGCCUGGACCCCGAGGGGUGUGCUGGGGUAGUGCUCCUACCCUGUCCUGCAUCCACACCCUGCUCCCCAGGGGACCACACCCUGCUCCCCAGGGGACCACGCCCUGCUCCCCAGGGGACCACGCAGGCCAGACGAGGGCAGCAGGGUGUCACCAGGAGACUGAACACAGGUUGGGUUGAGGGGGUAAAACAAUUGCAAAUAACAACAAAAAUAAAGAUACCAGAUGUGAACAUUUUGUUUUAAAAUGAUACUGGAACCAUUGCACUUUUUUUUCUUUUUUUUAUAUCUAUGAAUAUAUAUAUAUAUAUAUAUUGUUUGGUCAUAGCCUUAUUUAUUUGUUUACUAAUGGUCAACGUUUGUCAGUCAUUUUGUUGAUGUGAAUGUUGCUUUUGUUGCCUUUACUUACUGCCUGCUAAGUUUCCUCAUUCCAGCUAGCUGAUGGGGCAGAUGCAGGAUCCAGGGUCAUCGGGGGGUUGGGCCAUCUGAAGCCAGUUACUGAAAUCUAAAACACACAGGAAGGACCUGCCCAGGACCUGCCCAGUUCAUACACAGGACCUGCCCACAGGACCUGCCCAGUUCAUACACAGGACCUGCCCAGUUCAUACACAGGACCUGCCCAGUUCUCGCUUAGUCAAACAUGACUAAUUCCCUUGAGAUGGAAUGUAGGACAGCCAUUCUCUUACACGUCAACGUCACUUUUGCAGAUUCUUCCAGUUUUGUGUUCUUAGUUAAUGGGGAAAAAAAGUAAUCUGUUAAAUGAUUUCAACUGUCAGUUGCCAUUGUCAUUGUUUUGAUGUUGACUCGAUCACUUCCUUGCUUGUAAAAUGGCCUCUGUAUGCUGUACUGUUUCAUGUUGAUCUCUCAAUGCGUGCCUACUCUUGACAAUCCCAGAGGGGCACCAAGUGUACAGAUGUCUGCACCUCUUCCCUCACCCUCCUGAAACAGGAUUCUAAAACUAAACAAGCUGAAGGUGUGAGUGUGUGAGUCCCUGGAAGCUGUCAAACCCUGGGACAGCGCAAGACUUCAAGGACGAAGUUUGAAGAACAUGGUGUUUUCUACCAGCACACUCUCGUGCUACAAAUUCAGCAUUACAUAUCGUCAAGUCAUUCUAUAUAUCUAUCAGUACUUAACUGUUCCUUGGUCUGUGGGAAGAUUUCAUAAAGUCAAAAAGAAAACUGACCAUAACAAAGACUAUUACACAUGAUUAAGAAUUAAAAAAUGUUUUUUUGUAAUUGUGUACAAAUGUAUGGAGGUCUUUUGCUUUUCAAAUUUGUUUAUGCCAUGUAACGGCUCAUCAGUGCAUUUUAUUAGUUUGGAUUUUGUUACAAUUUUCUUUUUGGUUAGUUCUGUACAGAUGACAUUGGACAGUUUGUUAAUAGUAAAAUCUGCAGUUUUUU